AUGGAUGUCUGGGGGCUCGUGCUCGUUUUGGGGCUGCUGGAAUCGCCCUGCCUGUGCCAGGGUCACGGAAGACACCCGCUGCCCGUGUUAUGGAUCAUGCCUCUCACAGAAGAGACAGGGAGGAGUAACAUCACAGCGGAAGUGCUGCCUGCUGUCCAGCUAGCCCUGCACCACCUGAGCAAGCAACCAGCUCCCUUAGGCAACUACAAGCUCGAUCUCCACUUUGUAGACUCCAAGUGUGACAAUGCCAAAGCGCUGAAAGCCUUCUUUGAUGCUAUGUACCACGGACCCAAGUACUUCAUGGUCUUUGGAGGAGUGUGUCCAUCCAUUACGUCCACCAUUGCUCAGUCGCUGGAGGAAUGGAACCUUGUACAGCUAUCAUUUGCUACAACAGCGCCUACGUUAGCCAACAAAAGAAAGUACCCGAACUUCUUCCGCACGGUGCCGUCAGACAGCGUGGUGAACCCAGGCGUCGUAAGGUUUCUCAGGCACUAUGGCUGGAGCAGAGUGGCCACUCUGACCAAAGAUGAUCCAAAAUUCUCUGAGGUGAGAGCUGAUUUGAUCGAGCUCCUGAAGAAUGCAGACAUUCAGACUGCCAGUGCAGAGGCCUUCUCCCAUGAUCCAUGCAGCAGCGUGAAAAAGCUUAAAGAUCAUGAUGUGAGAAUUGUUAUUGGACAGUUUGAUGCCAGAUCUGCUGUCAAAGUCUUCUGCUGUGCUUACAAGCUGGACAUGUUUGGCAGAAAACACCAGUGGAUCAUCCCUACCUGGUACCAGGACAGGUGGUGGAGUGACACCAGCUCCACCAACUGCACCACCCAGAACGUGCUGGCGGCUUUGGAGGGCUCCAUCAGCGUAGGCAUAGAAACACUCAGCUCCAGCUCUGUAAGAGGCAUCUCUGGCAGGACUCCACAGGAGUACGAGCAGGAGUAUGAGCUGAGGCGGAGGCAGAAGGGUCUGGGCUUCAGUCGGUUUCACGGCUUUGCCUACGACGGCGUCUGGGUGGUUGCGAAAGCUCUAACGCGGGUGAUGGAAGUGCUGAGGUACAGAGACAGAUACAACCUCCACCGUAACCUCACCACCAGUGAGCGCGAGGUAGGACAGAUGAUCUGGGAGGCCAUGGAUGAGACGCAGUUUUUUGGAGUGACGGGUCAAGUUAAGUUCCAAAAAGGUGAACGUGUGGGAACAGUGAUAUUUUCCCAGUAUCAAGAUGGCAGAGAAGUAAAGGUUGGUGAAUAUGGUGCAUCUGCAGAUAAACUGAAGUUCACCAACAUUGUUAAGUUUAAAGGGGCGGAGCCUCCUAAGGAUAGAACGAUAGUGCAUUUUCAGAGGAGACGGAUCAGCCUCAUUCAUUACAGUACCUUAACGCUGGUCACCAUACUGUGCAUGAUCACAGCCAGUGCCUUACUGUUCGUCAUUAUCAAAUGCCGCAGAUAUUGGAUCAUGGACGUGUCCAGCGCUUGUUUGGACAGUUUGGUUAUUCUGGGUUCACUCCUCUCCUAUUCCUUUAUCAUAGUUUUUGGUCUGGAUGGCUCCUUGGUCUCAGACAAUGUUUUUGAAACUCUUUGCUCUGUGCGUAGUUGGAUUCUGACUGUUGGGUUCACAAUGACGUUUGGGCCCUUGUUUGCCAGAACCUGGAGUAAUUAUGUUUAUAUGAGGAAAAAGGUACUACCGAACCAGAUUUUGACAGUUUGCUGUGUGCUGUUGGUUGAUUUGUGCAUUUUGAUCUGUUGGCAAGUGCUGGAUCCUCUGAGGAGAAGAGUGGAAGAGCACAGCUCAGAGGCUGAUCCUGAUGGACGAGACUUUGCCAUCCGGCCCUUCCUGGAGUGCUGUGAGAGCAUGCACUUGUCUAUGUGGUUGACAGCUGUAUAUGCCCACAAAACUCUACUUCUGUUUUUUGGCUGUUUCCUGGCCUGGGAGAUGAGGCAUGUGAGGAUUCCUGGGUUGAAUGACAGCAGGUACAUCAAUCUCAGCAUGUGCAACGUGGGAAUCAUGUCCAUCCUUGGUCUUGUGCUAGCGGAACUGACCCGAGACCAGCCCAAUGCACAGUUCUGCACCAUGGCUCUAAUCAUCAUCAUCUGUAACACCAGUACCCUUGGUCUGCUGUUUGUUCCAAAACUAAUUAUCUUGAGGACAGACCCUGAUAAAUGUUUCCAGUUCACCCAGAACCAAAUGGGAAAAAAGAGGGAAAGCGAGAUUGAAAAGGAGGUAACUGAUGAUAGUGAUGAUUCUGGAGACUCCAGCUCGGAGAUCAGUGAAACUCCAGUCAGUCCUUCCCACCUGGAUGCCCUGCAGUCAGAAAACCAGCGGCUCAUCAUGCAACUCUCUGAGCUGGAUCAUGAGCUAGAGGACAUAACCAUGCAGCUGCAGGAUACUGACGAGUUGAGCCAUCCAGCUGCACAGGAACGCUUUGUGGAAAACCUCAUUAACGUUGGCAGUAGCGCAGAUGUAUCAGGAAAAGAAAAGUGCCGAACUCUUCCUGCAGGAUCCAGUGCUAACUGGGACUUGAUGGACGACAUUAACUCCCCUGAGCUCAUCCAGCGCAGACUGUCCCUACAGUUGCCCAUCCUUCACCACGCCUACCUGCUAUCCAUUGGUGGAUUGGAUGCCAGUUGUACUAGCCCAGUGGACAGCCCAUGUGCCAGCCCCCAGUACAGAUCAGUGCCCAGCUCCCACAGAGUCAUGGUGACAGGAGUAUGA